AUGUCGCAAGGUGGUCCGCUGAUCCGUAUAGGUUGGCAACGACCUGUGGUAAAAGUUAAGCUCGCCAUGGCAGGCCCGCUUAGUUUGAGGAAAAGCCUUCUUGCCACUCCAACAUAUACACUGCCUCAGUACCCUGUACACCGGCCACUGCCGUCUCAAACGUCGGACGAUCAAGCCGACGCAUGCACGAUUCACUAUAAAGACUGUCUCAGACUAUGUACUUACAACGCGAGAACAGAGUCCACAGGCCGAUCUAAUGCCUUUCCCAGAGCUGCGGAGCGUAUCAAAUUCCACGUCACUGCUCUGCGAGAGACCGACAGCAGAAUGAGCGACGUGCGACAGAUGAACUCAUUCACCAUCAUCAACUACUACUCACCAACAUUAGCAGCCGAUGAUCCUGAAUUGGGCGCGUUUUACAAGGACCUGGAGGAAGUAAUCCGCAACGAGAAAUCCUUCUACAAAUUCGUUGUCGGAGACUUCAACGCAAAAAUAGGAAAGGCUACAGAAGAGGAAUACAGGAUCGGAAAACUUGGACUAGGGGACCAGAACGAAAAUGGCAAUCGUCUCGCCUGCCUGUUGUCCGCCGCUCGCCUCUUUCAUGGGAACUCUCUUUUCAUGAAGAACGAUCAUUGUCGCGAAAAUACAACUAAGCCACACGAGAGACUACUUUUCUCCUUCGUUGCCGAUGCUAUCGUCAACGAAGGAGAAAAGAAGUCGUCUACGACGAUUGCGUACUCGAGGACUCCUUGUCCCAAGGUAACUGGCAAAUCGAGGAGGACCCCAAAGGUGGGCUACGAGAUGCUGCUCAGGGGAUUACGAGCCUCUGCUAAGCGUGCCCCUAAGCUGCGCACGACAAACUUGGAUCGAAUUUCGAAGACCGCCAAGGAAUUGUUGGAAAGAAGGACUUUGAAGCUUGAUCCAAACGCAUCGCAGUAUUGA